AUGAAAUUUACACCAAGUAUUGUACUAGAUGCACCAGCAUAUUAUGUUAAUCAUUUUAAUGGCAAAUGUAACAGUGAUAAAUGUUUGAUAUUGAGGGAUUUGGGACUAGAAUCUGAUUCUGAAUAUAUGAACCAAAGUUUUGGGUAUAUGAAUAAACCCGUAAACAUUUUAGAUUUAACCAAUAAUAAAAUUUCUGGGUUACCAAAUUUGAAAGAACGUACAGAUAUACAUACUUUAUUAAUAGCUAGGAAUAGAGUAUCAUAUAUUGAUGGGAAAUUACUGCCGAAAAGACUAGAGAAUCUAGUGUUGGGUCAUAAUAAUAUUACUUCAUUGGAUGAAUUGAACGGCUUGAAAAGUGGUCCCAAGACUCUUACCAAUUUGUGUCUUCGAGCUAACGAUGUGUGUCAUAUGGAGGGCUAUAGAGAGUAUAUUAUUAAAUUAAUGCCACACUUACAAGUGUUAGAUUUUACAAAAGUUACUGAUAAAGAACGUAAAGCUGCCAAGUCUUUUGAGCUGCCGAAACAUAAGAAACAGAAAACUGGAGAUGCUAAACAUAAAGAACCUUAUGAUGAAUCUGUGGAAUUAAUAAAUAUGGUGGUUAAAAAAAUGACAAAAGAGGAAAGAGAAGAUUUAAAGAAACAAUUAGCUAAUGCUACUACCCUUGAUGAAAUUCUCAGAUUGGAAAAAUUAUUAUCUGGUGGUGUAGAAUAA